GGCCCACAUUGAGUUGAAUUGCUAGUUUACAAUCAAAGGUGGUGGGGCCCCGUUCGAGAAGCCACUUGAGUUCGCGGUGGAAUCCCUCAUUAUCAACUUUUUGAGUUAAUGAAAUGUUUAGAUUUUGGAAUUUGGACUCUUUUGCAGAUGAAGUUGGGGCGAUUAGUAGUAAUAUAAUUAGAAAAGGCUAAAAUGACAAGAGGUAAACAGGGAAGUGAGGUUAGGGCGCGUUACCAUUUCAAGCGGCCUUGGAGUCAAUGCGAACUGCUUUGAAUGCAUGAUAAUUGGGUUUUUCAAAUGUCAGUCACUUCAUUAUCAUAAUUCCAGAAAUUUGGGGUCCAGUUGUUUGAUUGUAUUUAAAUUUGUAUUGACAUCGACAUUUGGCACGUUUGACACUUCCUCACAAAAAAAAUUGAAAUUAUUGAGAAAUAAUUAUUAAAAUUAAUACUAUAAACCAAAGUUUAAAUCUUAUUUCUUCUAAUAAGUUACUUUUGUGUCGUUUUUCCCUAGAAAACAACAAAAAAAGCGUAAUUAAACGAAUGACGGUAAAUUAGAAUUCUGUAAGUUUGACAGUGACAGUUCCCAACUGACGUGUAUCCUGGUCGUGAAAAUUUUGAAUCAUGUUGGACUUAUUUACUAUUUUUAGUAAAGGAGGCAUCGUUUUGUGGUGCUUCCAAAGCACGAAUCAAGUGUUUACAUCCUCAGUGAACGCAUUGAUCCGCAAUGUGAUCCUCCAGGAACGUACAGGAGUCCACAAUUUCGAUCACGACGGUCUCACUCUUCAAUACAAAUUAGAUAACGAAUUCGAUUUAGUUUUCGUUGUUGCGUAUCAAAAAAUUCUGCAGCUGUCGUAUGUGGACAAGUUUUUAAACGACGUUCAUCUGGAAUUUAGGGAUAAGUACAAAAAUGACCUCGCGGAUGGAAGAUAUUUUCAAGAAUUCGACUUCGUGGAUAGGUUUAAUGCCACUUUGCAGGCGGCCGAGCAAUGGGGCAAAAACCAAGCCAAGGCCCCUAAAGCAAUGCGUACUUUUGAGCAGUCAAAUAAGUCGAAAAAAACGGUAGCUUCAAUGAUUGAGCGGAAGGGAGAAGAGAAAAAACAGAAGAAAAAAGAAGUAAAUUUCAGUGAGGAGCCCCCGAAAACGCCGCCCUCACCUAAAGAAAAUAACCACGUAAUUGACGAGGAUGUGAUUGCGGCUAAUAGGGCAAAAUUUGCACAAAAGAUGAACAAGAAGAAAACUGAAACCAAGAAGAGUCCGAAACCGUCUGAAAAGGCCGGUAAAAAACCUCGAAUUUGGGAUUUGGGCGGCACUAAUAAAGAUCUGGAAACUCUGGAAAGGACAACAGACAAGCCAGAAGACAUUAAAAGUCAUUUCACACCAGAUACGGAAAUUGUAGGUCUAAUGAAGGGCGUAAUAAAGGAUCUAGAAGUGGAGUCCUCCUCAGAUGAGGAAUAUGACGAAGAGGAGACUCCAAAUCAACAAACAAAUCAAAAGCCCUCAUCCCGAGGCGGCAUGUUUUCAAUUUUCAAAGGCCUCGUCGGCUCUAAAAACCUCACCGCUGCCGACAUGCAGCCGGCUCUGGACAAGAUGAAAGACCACCUAAUUGCGAAGAACGUCGCCGCCGACAUUGCCAUCAAACUCUGCGAAUCUGUGGCUUUAAAACUCGAAGGCAAAGUGUUGGGUACUUUUGAAAGUAUCGCCUCCACGGUGAAAUCAACCCUAACAGAGUCAUUGGUCCAGAUUUUAAGUCCGAAACGUCGUGUCGACAUCCUCCGAGAUUGUAUGGAGGCCCAACGUUCGGGCCGUCCCUACGUCAUGACUUUCUGCGGCGUGAAUGGCGUCGGGAAGUCCACAAACUUGGCAAAAAUAUGUUUUUGGCUUAUUGAAAAUAAUAUGAGAGUGUUGAUCGCCGCUUGCGAUACGUUCCGUGCUGGAGCAGUUGAACAAUUGCGCACGCAUAUGCGACACCUGAACGCUUUGCAUCCACCAGAAAGACAUGGAGGGCGUCAGAUGGUCCAGUUGUAUGAAAAAGGAUAUGGGAAGGAUGCAGCAGGGAUUGCCAUGGAGGCCAUUAAGUAUGCCACGGAUUCGAAAUUCGAUGUUGUUUUGAUUGACACGGCGGGACGCAUGCAGGAUAAUGAGCCCCUGAUGAGAGCAUUAACUAAGUUGAUUAAGGUUAAUGAACCCGAUCUUGUUCUCUUCGUUGGUGAAGCACUUGUAGGGAAUGAAGCAGUGGAUCAACUUGUUAAAUUCAACCAAGCUUUAGCGGAUUACUCAUCGAGUAGCAAUCCGCAUAUAAUCGACGGAAUUGUCUUGACAAAAUUCGAUACCAUCGACGAUAAGGUUGGGGCUGCCAUUUCCAUGACUUACAUAACGGGCCAGCCGAUCGUGUUCGUGGGCACCGGCCAGACAUACACUGAUCUUAAAGCAUUGAACGCAAAGGCCGUCGUACAUUCUCUUAUGAAAUAAGCCUCUUCCGCAAAACGCAAUUGUAAAUAAUUUACCUGAAACUGUAUAUUUAUUUAAUAAUGGAGGUUUAACAGAUUUUGUAAUUCUAAGGUGAAAAGUGAAUAAAUUUUUGUCUGUUGAA